UUUGAAGGAGUUGUGUUAUGUGUGGGCGCUUCGUAUUUGCUUUCAGUAAGAAGGAACUGGAAAACAUAAGUGGAACAAAAAGUUGGAUAAACGCAGAAAAGUAUCACACUUCAUACAAUGUGGCUCCCAGUACUUAUGUGCCUAUAGUUCGAACUUUUAUUCCAGACCAGCCAAAAAAAGAACAAUUAGAGGUUAAAGAGGAACCUCAGGAACAAGAUUGUGAUGUUCUCAAGACAACUUUCGAUAUGAAACGUGUGUUACACGUUAUGAAAUGGGGAUUACAACCUUUUUGGUCCCGCAAUGACGCAAAUACUGCUAAGAGUUGCAUCAACGCACGAAGUGAGACACUGCUUGGAAAAAGUAUGUUUAAAAUUCCUCUAGAAGCAGGCGGAAGAGGGGUCUUGAUAGCAAACGGUUUUUACGAGUGGCAAAAUGUUGCAGAUGAGAAAAGAAAGAGUCCUUAUUUCGUUUCAGAAGAAAACGGUCCUCUAUAUAUGGCGGUAGUUUAUGAUCUUCCAAAAGCAAAAGCCAAUAAAGAAGAUCAAUUCACUAUUAUAACAGUGGAUGCUAGUCCUUCCGUGGCUUGGCUACAUGAUAGGAUGCCUGCCCUAUUAAAGCUAGAUCAGUUGGACGAAUGGUUAGACGUAAAAAGGUUUUCUCUAAAAGAAGCCAUAGCAGUAUUGAAACCGUUUGACGGGGAUCUCAAAGUACAGCGAGCGUCUCCUCUUGUAAACAGCGUGAAGAAUGACGGAGUUGAGUUGAUUUCGUAUAAAAGGACUCGAGAGGAAACCAACUCUAUCACCCAUCAAUACAGUAUAGAGAACUACUUUUCUUCCAGCUCAAGAAAUAAGCGUUCCAAAAGUACCAAAGAGUAGUUUUGCAUGCUAUGGCAUUUUUGCUGUUGA